CGCUGCCAUUCGCGGCCGUCAAUCACCGGGUCCCAGGCGGUAAUUACUCACCGGUGCACGGUUAUUUCAAAGGAUCUCCGACGGGAAAGAAGACUGUUUUGUUUACUAGCAGUCCUCCUCCCUGUCAGCUAUGGCACAUUGCGCUGGAUGGCUAGCAGUGUGAAUACAGUGAAGCACACUGACACAGCCCCCUAGUAAAACACUCCCUGCACACAGUUAACUCUCUGAUUGCCCCUCAUGUUAGCCCCUUCCUGCCUAGUGCCAUUAGUACAGUCUCAGUGCUUUUUUUUUAGCACUGAUCACUGUAUUGGUGUCACAGGAGAUGUCAGUGACACCAAGUCAGUUCCCCCCAGUAUCAGAAUGUCCGCUGCAGUCCCGCUAUAAGUCGCUG